GGGUUCGAAAAGGUGAAGAAGGAGACAUCUGAAUAUCACAAUGUGUUUUAUGAGGAGAAACAUGUUUGCAAUAAGGGACGCGCCCGCUACCAGUUGAAUUCAGUUCGAGUAAAGAAGUUCCCGGUGUCAGAGGACUCUGCUGCUACAAUAUGCGCUUUACCAGGAAGCUACAACGAAAAAGAAUACUUUGAUUUCUUAGAAGACUGGGGAACGGUUAGUUUGUCUAAAUGUUGAUUAAUUCGCUUAAUAAUCGAGAUUGAUGUCAUUUUGACGUGUAAUUGCAUAAUUGUGUCUGCUUUCCGUUUUUCUAUGUAUUGUAUUGUAUUGUUUUGUUUUGUUUUGUUCUGUUUUUUUUUCCAGCACAUUGUAGUCGAAGUAGAAUUGGGGGAGAAAAAAACAGAACGCUUUAAAAGUUCACAAGCAGAAUUCACUGAAUACGCAAUGGUGAACGUAAGUUUGAGAAUAUAUACCUUUCUCUAGCUUUGUCAAGCUUUCUGGUUUACUUUGAUAAGAAAAAACCUUUGGGGUUAGCUGGCUCGCUGAAUUUAGUUGUUUCAUUUUUUUUUUUUGUUGCAUGUAUGUUUGUUUUUGUUUUUGACUUUUUUGUUUUUCUUCCGAAGUUACAAUUAAUAGUUGUUAAGUCGUCACCAUGGAACCGGGCUAUACAGCUUUUACUUAGAACUUUUUUUCUUAUAAGACCUUUCCGAAAAUUUGCGGGUUUUAUGUCUACAAAUCAUUGACGAUGUUCAUUAUUGCACAACAUCUCUUUUUUUCAGAGUAUUUUUUACAGACAUAUGUAUAACGUUUUCAAAUUCCGGAUUACACCAUGUUGAGAACCUCAAAUAAAAGUCACUUUAGAUAAUCGCAAAUUGUAUUUCAUGAAACUUUUGGGUUUUUGUGUGCACUACGUGAUCCUUCGGGAAUAACAUUUAACAUUUUUACGAACCCAAUAUAUAUUAUUUUUUUUCAGUCGGACAAGUCGAUAUCUGUGUCUGGAAGUUACGGGGGAUUCAGCGCCUCCUUAAAAGUCGAUGUUAACGUGUUCAAAGAGUCAAUGUCAAAGAACACCAAAUUUGGGAAACAUAGAGAGGUGUUCAAGUCUGGAGGACCAAAAAUGCCUGAGCCCAUUGGAAUUAAACUGGUGCCAAUUACUGAAGCUUUUGAUCCUGCUUUUUACUCCGUCUUGGAUAAACGGUCGUCCGCACGAUGCGUUCAUUCUAAUUCUCUACUCAAAGCGCGCAAGUCGGCGGUCAUAAGGGCAUUAAAUGAAUAUCCUCGCCUUAAGAAAACCGUGAAACCUGUAGGUACGAGUCUAUUUUAGAGGAGGUAAAAUAGAUAGCGUCGAAAUAUUAUAAACUUAAGAACGUUACUUUUGUCAGAAAAUCUGGUAAACUGUAUAGUGAUAAUUCAAUGGGAGUCUUCAUGUUUUCAGGAAAGCUAAAGAAAUGCGCAAAUAUUAAAUCAGGAUCUGAGGCAUGUUUACAUGAAGGUGGGGUACCCCAGGUGGUGUGUUAACCCUUUCGUUCAGAUAAUCUCUCAUAUGGUCACCUCAUCUAUCAUGUAAACCUGAUCAAUUUAAGAGAUUAUAUGAAGAGGACCGUUAGCUCACCUAAGUGGGCUACCUGAUCUACCUGGGGUCCCCCGCCAGUCAAGCAAUGACGAACAAUAGGUAGAUUUUUCAAGACUAACAAAGAUCACGGGUGAAUUCCUAAGCCCCAAAGUACAUGUUAAGCACGACUCAGAACUAGAAACAAAAAGUAUCUAUUCAGUGCUUGACAGUAUCUUAUUAUAAUUAGAUCCCGAAGUGCGGAUUCCUUUAACCUGGCCUAAGGGUACAUACGGUCUUCCCAUGCCAAAGUCGGGAUGCCCCAAGAGAUGGCACAAGGGAUGUCGCAAACACGACACUGAAGAUGUUUUUGGAGCCAACAAGUGGUCAUAUCCAUUUGAUUUGGCUGGUCCAUACAACAGAAAUGAUAUGACCCAGAAUUUCUGCAUGAAAACAGAAUACACAGCUUCUGUUUACGACCUACGCUGGCCAAAAGGGCAAUACUGUAUUCUCAAGAAAAGGAAAUGUCCCGAUGGUUUGUGUUAUUUAUUUGUUUGUUUGUCUUUGUUUGUUCAAGCCAAUUUUAUGUAAAAAUAGUCAGUCAGCUAGACUGUUUAGACAGCCCCUGGGGUUAACAAGGUAGUUUGUUUCUAGUUAUUUGUCUUUGAUCGUCAGUUUAAGUCAUGACUUUAUUGACCAAUCAGGAAAAUAAACAGAUUUUCAUACCAUCAAUUGACGAAAGACAAAUCACUUUGACUCUGAAGAUGACUACUGCACUGGUUUUCAAAACUUCAGUCACCUGACUCACUGUAGAUUCAUCGGGACCACCUAGUUAUGAGAUUCAAUUGGGCAAAUGAUAAUGAUGAUGAUGAUGAUUAUGAUGAUGAUAAUGAUAGUAAUAACAAUGAUAAUGAUUACAGUACCAUGAAUUAAAACAAAGCCUCUUUUAAAAAAUGGCGACUUCAGUAAGAGAUGAAACGGCCAAGCUAAGAUAAAUCCGUAUGGAUCUCAAUGGCCCUCUAGUGGUACUGUAAAAAAACCUUUGACGUAUAAUCUAUUAAUCACACACAGGUUUUGGAGAGGGAUACAUAAGAUGGGAUGACGAAGAUUCUAACAACGCUAACAGAGUUAGUGGUGAGAUUCCAGAUGGUGAUUUUAAUAGAGACACCGUUAUCCGCUACUGCUGUCGAGACGAUGGUUUUUCCUCGGAACCCAUAAUUCUUCCCACUGACUCCCCAUUCGUCUUGCUGAAAUCUAACACUCACAUGUGCCAGAAAGUGCGAGGAAUGAAGGUUAGAAGUGAGUGGUUCUAUUGGGAUUGUGAAGAUUCUAACAAUAAAAAUAUGAAAGGUGGGUUCAAACCACGCUCGGAAGUGGGCAAAAAUAUCAAAGUCUAUUAUUGUUAUUAUUAUCGUUGA